CUUCCCCCUUCUCAGUAGGAACUAGGAGUUUCCGAUAACACGUGAACGCGGCAUUAGCAUAGCAACUGUGAGUCUAGGCAUAAAAAACAACAUAACAAACGUGUUACGCGCUAAUUAACGGUUAUCUGGGACUAUUACACUUGUAUUGCUUAACACAAUUUGCCCCCCAGACGCAAUAUUGCCUGUUUGUAGACCUUCUUUUAUUUAUUUUUAUUCAUUGCUCACUAACGUUAGCUGGCUUCGUUCUGAUCCAUAGUACUGUUAGAGGGCGUCCGCUACGCAUCCCUCCAUGAAGCGCUGCGAUGCCCUCUGAUUUUAUAUCCCUUCUCAGCGCUGAUCUCGACCUUAAUUCCCCCAAAUCCCUUUACUCCAAAGAGUCUGUGUAUGACCUCCUCCCUAAGGAGCUCCAGCUGCAGUCGUCCUCCUCGCAGACAGACACACCCACCAUGAGCCAGAAGAGUGGGGGAGAGGCCGGACCGCCCCCUUCUGCAGCCAUGGCCUCAGCCACCUCACCCAGCCCUUCUCCAUCCUCUUUGGCCACGGGAGGCCCCAGCUCGGCCCCUUCUACCUCAGCCAUGGACCAGUCCCAGCCUCCUCUCCUCCUCCACCAUCCCAGUGGGGCCCCCAGAGAGGGGUCCGGAGCCCCAGAAGGAUCCGAGAGGGAAGGGGUGGAGGGAGCUCUGUCUGCCUCUGAAGGUGGAGGCGGCAAUGGGACCAGCUCUGGAACAGGAGAAGGAGACCCAGGAGCAGGGGGGGUGGGAUCCCAGCAGCAGCCCCAGAACACCCCCUCUAAGCGGAGGCCAGUGUUGAGCAUCUCCCCCCCUCCGGAAGACCUGUUUGACGACAGCAGUAUGUCCUGCCAGGAGAAUCCAGCCCCGGCCGGGCCAGCAGGUCCAGACUCAGAACACAGCAGCAGCAUCUGGGCUGACGACUCGGCCUCCAACUUCAGCCUGGUCAGCUCCAACUCCUACAACGACAACACAGAGGUGCCCCGCAAGUCCCGUAAACGCACCCCCCGCCAGCGGCCCGGGGCCAAACCUGCACCCCCAGAGGACAGCAUGGACGUGUUUGAUGCAGACAGCGCCACGGCCCCACACUUUGUUCUGUCUCAGCUGGGCCCAGACAAGGCCAGCCCCAAGCCCAGUUCUCUGGAGGCUGGGUGGCUGCUGAAGGGAGGCCUGCUGUCAAGUCAGUGUCCCCAGAAGAGUGAGGGCAAGGAGCUGAAGAUCCUAGUGCAGCCAGAGACCCAGCACCGGGCACGCUACCUGACCGAGGGCAGCCGCGGCUCUGUCAAAGACCGCACCCAACAGGGCUUCCCCACGGUCAAGUUAGAGGGCGUCAGUGAGCCGGUGGUGCUGCAGGUGUUUGUGGCCAGUGACACAGGCAGAGUGAAGCCUCAUGGGUUCUACCAGGCCUGCAGGGUGACAGGACGCAACACCACGGCCUGCAAGGAGGUGGACAUCGAGGGAACCACCGUCAUAGAGGUCCCUCUGGAGCCCAGCAGCGCCAUGUCACUUGCGGUUGACUGUGUGGGGAUCCUGAAGCUGCGUAACGCGGACGUGGAGGCUCGUAUAGGAGUGGCCGGGUCCAAGAAGAAGAGCACCCGGGCCAGGCUGGCAUUCAGGGUCAACAUCCCCCAGCCUGAUGGGUCUGUCUUAACCCUACAGACCACCUCGUCACCCAUCCUCUGCACCCAGCCAGCAGGGGUGCCAGAGAUCCUGAAGAAGAGUCUCCACAGCUGUUCAGUGAGAGGAGGAGAGGAGCUGUUCAUCAUAGGGAAGAACUUCCUCAAAGGAACCAAGGUCAUCUUCCAGGAGAACUCAGCAGAUGAUGAGUCGUGGCGGGCCGAGGCAGAGAUUGACAUGGAGCUGUUCCAUCAGAACCAUGUGGUGGUGAAGGUUCCGCCAUACCACAGCCUGUCUGUCUCCUCUCCUGUCUCUGUGGGCGUCUACAUCACGACCAAUGCCGGGAGGUCACAUGACUUCCAGCCCUUCAUGUAUAUCCCAGACUCAGAUAAGUCCCUGAACAUGUCUGUGAAGACAGAGGGUUCUUCUCUGGCCAAGGCCUGCAUCUUCCAUGACCAGAUCAAUUAUCUGGCCUCUGACCCUGCCCAGUCUGCUGGCGAACUGGUUAAACGACAGGAGGUCACCCCUAUGGAGGUCUCCAGCAAUACCCCAUCCACAGCACUCUUCAAGCCACCCUCUGACACCCUUAUCUUAGUCCAGCAGACCCUUGAGCUGAGCUCCAGCACCCCGCCUAGGAAAGAGUCCUUCCCCGGCCCUAUGCCCCUCCAGCCUGGGGACAUGGACCUCCCCCAUGCCCCUGUCUUUCCCUCCCUGGAGCCCUUCAGCACCAUCCAGAAGCAGGACAUCGCCCCCAUCACCUCCUUCCCCGUCUCCAGUGACACUACCACCCUCCCCCCUGUCCCCCCAGAGGUACCCCAGCAGUUCCUCCGGGACCCCCAGGAGAGCCUGCCUCAAGAGGCCUCCAACUCCUGCAGCGGGAUGAUGGUAGUAGGAAUGUCCCAGAUGGCGCCCCCCUCCCAGGCCCCCCAAGUUCCCCUGUUUCCCCAGGAUGGGGUGGCCCAGCUGGAGAGGGCAGUAAGGGAGCUCCAGGCAGGGGGCAGCAGCCUGGUACAGCAGGUCCUAGAGGCAGCAGUGGCUCAGCAGCAACUCAACUCAGUGUUGUACAGCCCCGCGUCCUCCACUGACUCCCUGCAGCAAAACGUACAGGACACCAUGAACAGCCUGAGACUGGGGUGCACUGAGGGCUCUCUGGCCACACAACAGCAGUUGCAACAACAGCAGAUCCUUGGCAACAUGCAACAGAUACAGCAGCAACAACAGAUACAGCAGCAACAACAGAUACAGCAGAUACAGCAGCAUCAAGUCCUUGGCAACAUACAGCUACAACCACAAUUAUUAAUACAGCCACAGGAUCAACAACUGCAACAGCAACAACAGAUACUGGGGAACCUACAACAGCAACAAUUACAACAUCAACAGUUUCAACAACAACAGCAGCAGCAGGUCCUAGGAAACAUACAGCUACCGGAUCAACAACUUCAGCAACAACAACAAGUACUAGGCAACCUACAACAACAAAACCAAGCAGUAGGCAGCAUGCAACACUUACAACAACAACAACAGCAGCAGCAGCAGCAGCAGGUGUUGGAGAACUUUCAGCAGCAGCUCCAGGCUGAGCUCCUCCAGCCCCAGAUCCACUCCUCGUCUCAUCCCCAGCAGCAGCCUGUGUCUCUCCUCCAGCAGGCUGGGGAGCUGCUCAACAUCCAGACCUCCAGCUUCCCCCACCAGCCGCCCUCCCACACCUCCCCCCCACAGCAGCUCCUCCAGUCCCCCAGGCCUCUGUCGGAAUCCCCCAGCCCGCAGCACCAGGUCCAGGCCGCCCUGCUCCAGAACACUCUCACUGUGCUGACCAGUGGUAGCAGAGAUAAUGAGCAGCAGGUCACGGGGUCCACGCUGUUCCUCUCUCCCAACACUCUCUCUAGCCAGGGUAGUCAGCAGCAGCUAGCAUUCCUGUCCUCCAUGGAGACUUCAGCCAGUGAUCCCCAGACUGUGUCAGUGUUCCAGUCUCAGACCCAGCAGCAGCAGAGCACCCCCAUGGACCAACAGCAGUCCCCCCAGCAGACACAACCACAGCAAACCCAGCAGCAGCUUCCCAUGGCUCAGCAAGGCUCCUUGUUACAAACUAACACUCUGUCCUCCAGCCAACACCCUCAGCCCCAGCCCACAGACCUGCUCCUCUGCACCGCCUCCCUCAACCCCCAGGCUCUGCCUCCAACCCUCCUCUUCAGUACCCAGGGCCUCUCUAUGGGCAGCAGCACCCCUCACCCCCAGGACACCCCUGCUCCCCUCCUGUUCUCCCAGCCCACCAUGGUCGGGAUCAGGGUAGGGGUGGCCCGGUCUGACCCAGCAGAGCCCAUGUCCUUCCAGGACCAGAGCUCCACAGUAGGGGGGACCACAGCCUCCAUCAAUCCCCCUCAGCAGGGCCUGUUCCAGGGCCAGCAGCCUAUGCAGGUGAGCUCCAGCUCGGGCAGUGGCCCUGACAGCCAGCAGGUGGAGCUGUUCCUGCCACAGGGUUCUCUGUCUGGUCUGCAAAGCAACAUGGCUACGCAGGAACUAGAAAACCAGGCUGCAGCAGCUGCAACCAUCUUUGUGAUGCAGAGCGGACUGGGGGUGGUGGAGCUGCAGAGUACCGCCUCCCCCCCCGGUCAGAGACCCCCAGAGCAGCUGUUCCAGACGGGAGUGAGUAGGAAUGUCGGCCAGCCAGGAGGACAACCCAACCUUUUUGUGUUCGGCCUCCAGAACGAUUCCUCCCAGCUGAUGACGUCCACUGGUUCAACACUGUCAGCCCAGAGCCAACCCCAGAACGCCAACCCUGUGCAGGCAAGCCACAUCCAGUCUCUACUGGACUCAGACAUGGCCCAGACAGCCACACCCAUGCAGACCAACCUACAGACCCCAAUGCAGACAAACAUACAUACUGCAAUGCAGACCAAUAUACAGACUGCCAUAGAACCUAGCCUGCCGACCCUUAUGCAGACCAGCUUACAGACCACCUCCCAGAAGAUGGAGGACCUGCUGGACAGUCUUCAAGAGCAGUGAUCAUUACUGGGACCACAGACACAUUGCUGGGGGUUCUUGUGACGUCUGCCCACUCUUAGACCGGGACAGGUUGUGUGUUCUGCUUACAGUACAACCCCCCCACAGAUGCAGAGAAUGGGAUAGACGUGUCUCACUAUGCUACGAGCCCCCCUAGGCUAAGAACAUGUCGUGAUGUUUUUAAAGAUUUUUAUCAAAUGUACUCUUGUGCCCUUGGCUCAUAUUUUGAUGUGAUUGUACAUGCAUUCAUACAGACGGACAGGCGCUGUGAUGAGGAGUUGGUUGAGUGACUACGCCUUUUGCUCAAUCAAAGGAAAGUAACUCCGGUAUCCAUCAGUCUAACUUAUACAGUGGUUCUUCUUUUUCAUGCUGUACUGUGUUAUUGAUGGCCUAAGAGUGGAGGGAGGGAGGGAGGAGGAGAGAGGGACACAGAAAGUUGGACCUAGAGAGAAAGACAGAAGAGAUGGUGAGAUUUUAUUGAGGGAAAGGGGCGAAAGAAGGCGGGCAGAGAAAGGUGUCUCGCCCUGUUCUUGUUUGUGAUUGCAAGGCUUCAGUCCGGUCACACAGCAGUUUGUGUGUGUCUGGUCACACAGCAGUCUGUGUGUAUCUGGUCACACAGCAGUCUGUGUGUAUCUGGUCACACAGCAGUCUGUGUGUAUCUGGUCACACAGCAGUCUGUGUGUAUCUGGUCACACAGCAGUCUGUGUGUAUCUGGUCACACAGCAGUCUGUGUGUAUCUGGUCAAACAGCAGUCUGUGUGUAUCUGGUCACACAGCAGUCUGUCUGUAUCUGGUCACACAGCAGUCUGUGUGUAUCUGGUCACACAGCAGUCUGUGUGUAUCUGGUCAAACAGCAGUCUGUGUGUAUCUGGUCACACAGCAGUCUGUGUGUAUCUGGUCACACAGCAGUCUGUGUAACUGGUGUUGCUUUGACAUUUCAGUCUCCGUGUGGUCUCUUAUUGUUACAAGUGGUUACAGAUGCUUUCCAUGUUUUUGCAGCAUUUGCAUAUGUCGUGCGACUUUCGUUUGGGGGGAUUUUAGAGUUGGACUUGGAAGUCUUUCCAGUUCAUUGUGAAUAGAAUGGUGGUUUUAAACAUUAAGCACUUUAUAAACUGUUUUGUGUGACCAGCAAAUCCUUAUAUCCAUCCAUAGGCUUUCUAUGGUUAGUCACAUUGUACUGGUUGAUGUCCAUUUUAAAAAUAAUACUUUUUUUAAGUUGUCAAGGUAUACAUUUAAACACAUUGACCAUGCAUUCAUACAUUUUUCAUUCACUAUAUUUUUGGAAUUAUAUAUGAGAUUGUUUGUGUCAGGUGUUCAUCUGAAGCCUAUUUAUACUGAGUGGUCCAUUCAGUGUCUCUGUCAAUACCGUCAUUCCCAUAGCGGGUAUACAUUGUUCGUUUUGGUGUGUCUCUGAUUUGUAACGAGCUACUAUUCAUAGGCUUUCAUAUCUCUGGCACACACAAUUUUCUUUUGGUCUGAUACAUUGUGUGUGUACAUUUAUGCGUGUGUUAUUUUUAUGGAGAAUGUACAGCACAUUGCUAUCUGUAGCCUACUAUUUACCUUGUAUUUUACAAUCUGUGUAAGUUAACCACUGGUGUUUUACCUUGUCUUGUGUGUGUGGUUGUAGUUUUUGGUUGGUUUCUGGUUCAUGUACGGACAGAUGUUGAACCACUACUGUCAGCGUUCAGGGCAGAGCUGUGUGAAAUAGACACAGUACCUGUCCCGUGCAUUGUCACCAGGGACUCACUGCUACACAAAAACUCUGCUACAAUAGCCACACUACCAUACCACUUACUAUAAAGCAAUGUUUAGGGCAUGUACUCUGUGGUAUGCUAGUAUGGACAUUGGAAGGUGGCCUAAAAUCUGUUACUUAGGCUGCGUUUACACAGGCAGCCCAAUUCUAAUCUAUUUUUUUCAGUAAUUGGUCUUUUGAACAAUCAGAUCUGAAAAAGAUCAGAUGUGAGUGGAAAAAAAUGUCAGAAUUUGAUGCCUGUGUAAACUUGCCAUAGAGAUGGCUAUUCUCAUGUUAUCUAUGGUGCUAUGUGCAGCAGUGAUGGACACUUCUAAUGUGAUGUUUAUACUUACAUUUAUACUCAUGUCACAUCAACAGUACUGAUAUUAAUAUUGUGGUAAAGUCUGAAUUGUGUUUCUGGAGUAAUUGCUGUGAGCAGGCAGUGUGAGGGGAGUGUGUCCUGUUUUCAAACUUGUCAUAUUUGUUCAAUUUUUUAAAUAUCCUGAUGUUUGUUUACUCAUUUGUAAUUGGUUUACUCAUUUUAAAUCAUGCAGCUUUCAUGGAUAAUAUUAACAUUGUUUUUGUACAAAUUACAAACUUUAAAUAAUACAAAUAUUGGAUAGCACUGUACAUGUGGUAAGGUACUCUCCUCCCAAAAGUUUUGCCUCUGUCAUAUCCAUCCAAAUGAAUAUGCAUUUUAAACCAUGUUGCUCUACUUUGCUUUAGAUACAAGCAGCCUAAUUCUGAGAUUUUCCCCCCACUAAUUGGUCUUUUGACCAAUCAUUCCAGAUCUUUUCCAGAGCUAAUCUGAUUGGUCAAAAGGCCAAUUAGUGAAAAAAAACAUCAAAUGGGAUUCCUGUCUAAGUGCAGCCAUUGACACAAACGGAUGAAAUGAGAACCAUUUGGUUGUUGCUCAGAUUCCUACAUGCUCAUGUUUACAUUCUGUCUUGAAAAAGUAGGAUUACUCCAUUUAAAAAUGUAAUUUAGAAGGUUUCUUACCCAUGAGUCAGAUUACAUAGUAUUUUUAUAACAGAUGUUCAGUUUUAUAUACAUGCAGUAUAUAAUUUUUCAAACGUCGGACUUAAACCCAGUGUGCAGUUUGGGGGUGUGUAUACUACUAGAUCGCUUCAUGUAGAACGUGGGCCAAUAGUCACGAUUAUACUCUCAUUCUGUGCAAACCAUAUACAUGGAAUAUAUGCAAGGGACACCAUUCCAAGCAUAGACUUAGAAUGAGUUGUAAUUGUGUAGUUCCAUAUGAGAUACAGCUUGUCAAAGAUGGUGGCACAUACUCUGAGACCACCCACAGAAAACUAUUUUCAACCUCCCAUUUGGUUUCACUCAUUCAAAAUAUAAAUGAGGCCUAAACACAAUAGAUAAUCACCUCCAUUGCUGUCCAAGCAUUCCAUUCCAUUUUUAUUGGGGAUUUUCAAGAGCACAUGGUGCCUCACUAAGCCAUACAAACAGAAAAAGCCAACCUCUGAGUAUCUCCUCUGUGUGAUGAAUGUAACUUUAUACUAUAUAUACUGUUUUUAGAGGAAAUAUGAGGUAGCCUAAUCUUGAAUGUUCAGUGCAUUGUACAUGUGUGGAAAUACAUUGUUUUGUGGUUCUGUCUGGUUUCCUGUUCCAAGGUCAAGCGCUCUUAUUUGGCUUGAUCGAUUGCUUAGUUUAACUGUUUGAAUGACUACAUAUUCAUUUGAAAAUACUAGUUGAAAAUGUUAACUUUAAGGUGGCAAAAUAUCACACGUGCUCUCCACACACAUUAUUUGUCAUUAACUCAUUAAUAUCCAUGUUGAAAUAUGAGAUGGGGGGUUAUCAGUUGUGAAUUUCUCAAGUGUGCCUUGACAAACCAUCAGUGUAGUACGUUUACCAGAUCCCCUUUGUCAGGACUGUUCAUGUCCCUUGUCUGAUGUCCCUCUACCCUAGAUGAUCUGACUUCUCAUACUUCAGUCUAGCCAGUGUCCGUGUUCUGCUUUUAGUUACAUGACCACCUAACGUGUUUUCAUUUCAUCCAUCCCUGGUUGCAGUUAUGUUGCAAGUCUAAAGUGUGAUCACUAACUCUAUAGUGGUUUCCAAUUCCAGUCCUCCAGUACCCCCAACAGUCCACAUUUCUAUUGUAGCCCCAGACAAGCACACCUGAAUCAACUUGUCAGCUUAAUCAUCAGGCCCUCAAUGAGUUGAGUCCGGUGGUUUUUGUCCGGGGCUACAACGAAAAUGUGUGCCGUUUGGUACUCAAUGACGAGUUGGGAACCACUGCUCAAGGACUUUGUGCAGCCUAAUCCGUUGACUGUAUACCUGUUUGUGUCCCUACUUCAUGCCUGUUGAGAUUCAUAAUGGUGAGGUAAAAGGGAAAAGAGGUGGAGAUUGUUCUGAUCAGGUGUUGUGGAAUUCUCUCGUAACUGUGUGUUUGUCAGCAUAACUGUUGUUGCUGUGAAGAGCUUGACAUGAGAUGAAAAGGUGGUAAUAAAGACUCCUAUUGGAACAGUG